ACGUUAAGUGGAUCAAGACUCGGGAUAAGUUGAAUUGGACAACGACAAGAGAGCUGUUUUUCUCAGUAGCCAGGAAUUWAGUCUUAUUGCGAUUACUGUAACUCAGGUCAUUUGGAGUGAAUGCACUGGCUGUCGUUUUUGGUAGCCAUGUUGAGUUCUAUGAUCUUUGUUGUCGUCUUGUCGUUAGGGUGUCAAGCUACAGAUGUUGUUCCAAAGUACGAGAAUAUUGGUUGCUUCAAAGACAAAAAGGGUGCCCGAGCUCUACCCGAUCUUCUUCGUAAUUCCCGAGGAAAAAUUGAUUGGAAAAAUGCCCGRUCGAGCUUCAAUCGUAUAAUACAAAACUGUUCGAUAUUAGCUCGAGAAAAAGGCUUCAAGUAUUUUGGGAUUCAGUWUUAUGGAGAGUGCUGGAGCGGUCCGAAUGUCCAUCAAACAUUCUACAAAUACGGAAGAUCGAAACAGUGCUUAGGUAGCGUUGGGAAAGGUUGUGCUAAUCGUGUUUACAUGCUGGUUGGACCAGGCCGUACACAAUGCUCAAAGGACAAUUACCACAAUCUUAGUGAGAAGGGUCGUUCAAUAAAAUACAAAGGGGAUGAACGUAAAUGCGACAACCCACUCCCCCACGGGAAUGCCUGGUAUAGAUUUACUGGCGAUGCAGGUAAUACAAUGGCAACAUCCGCUGGAUCCAAACUCUCGUGUAACACAAUCAAUCCUGGUUGGAUGAGAGGUGCACCACCUGACGUAACAUCAGGACCAGUAGAUAGAACGGUGUGUUUUGUGUCCGAUGAGGCCUGGGAGAGUAAUGAUUGCAAGUACCAGGUCAAGAUUCAAGUCAUGAAUUGUGGUCAUUUCUUUGUGUACAAACUCCCUGUUGCUCCAAGAUGUCUGCUGCGCUACUGUGGUGCUUUGAAUUCUUCUUUGCCAGUGGUGUCAGACCUCAAGGACGCACAACAUAUAAAAGACACCUCAAUCAUUGUCUACAUGGUCAAUAACAGCCUUACAAUGCGACUCAAUCUAAUUCUUGUGGUACUAGUUUACUUGUCCGGUGUUAAAGCAAGCCAAAACUUUGUGAGUGUCGGUUGCUACCGAGACAAAAUCCAUGACAGAGCCUUCCCAGAUCUCAUCGCUAACUUUAGAGUGAUAAAACCGACAAUCGACUGGUCUAAUAUUACCAAGACUAUCUACCAUUGCGCACGCGUAGCUCAGAGCAAAGGAUAUGUAUAUUUUGCGGUUCAGUUCUGGGGCGAAUGCUGGGCAAGUCAUAAUGGAAGCAAAACGUACGACAAACAUGGCGAGUCAGCGGAAUGUYAUAAAGGAGUUGGAAAAGGAUACACGAACCACGUUUAUAGGAAUACAGGACUUGAAAACGAAUGUGAUGGAUACUCGGUACUGAGUUCCCCUGAYCGCUCUAUGACAUACCAGAACACAAAGGGUGCACCUUAUAAGUGUGAUGACAAAAUGCUCGAAGGAUGGUUCAGGUUCCAGGGUGGGGCAGGCAAUACCAUGGCGAACUCAUGUGUGCUACAAGAAAAAUGCGGAACUCUUGUUUCUGGAUGGCUAAAGGGUUCCCUUCCAAGUCCAAACCAAGGAAUCGUUCCUGGUAAAGUGUGUUAUCAGUAUCUUGGUACUUGCUGUAAAUGGAAUGAGCCGAUUUCCGUACGGAACUGUGGACGAUUCUACGUUUACAAGUUAAAGAAACCUAAAUAUGGAUGUCCUUUUCGCUACUGUGGUAAUGGGAAACACUGAGAACGAAAGGACAAUCUCAGUAAAGAGAAAUCGAGCCAGAUGGAAGCCUGUAAGAACAUCUUUAGGUUUCAGAAAGAAAAAACAACAACACUGAACAAAAUAAAAACAUUACAUUAGCGCUAAAAUUAUAAGACUAGUUUCU